ACAGAAAGGGAAGGUAAUACGGGCUUGUUCCAGCCUUUCUGCUUAAUCUCUCAUGUUGGGAUGAGGAGAGGAGGGCUUUUCUAUCAAUGUUGUUGACAUAAAAAUACAACCAGUGCAAGCUAACUGAGUUUACAAAAAAUGUGCAGACUUCUUAUGCUCGGUUAAAAAAAUCUCCAUUCUUCCUCAUGUAAAUCAAGGCUUAGACAAAUAAGCUGCCUGGCUCACGGUCUCCAGCAUUCUAGAUCGUAAGCUCGUCCAGACUACCUAGGAACACGGGGGCCUGUGUUGUUUGUAAGUGGCCUGUAAGUGUUACUGUAAUACAAAUAAAUAAUACUGCAAUGAGCAGCUAAAUAUGCUUGAGAUCCAUACAGAACUGAUUUCACCUAAUCAGCACCAUCCUUUAAAACAGACCAAAAUAAACCCAGUCCAACUUGGCAAAAAUGAGAUGUCAUCACAUCUGUAAGCUACCAGGAAGAGUUAUGGGAAUCCGACUACUUCGCUUCUCUUCUGUGGUGAUCUUUGUCUUACUCCUUGUGGCCGGUGCUUUAAUGGCUUUGCUUCCUAACAUUAAAGAUGACAAAAUGCCCAAUUUGCGAAGGGAACCAAAAUCCCAGAGCCAAUCCGCCUUGGAUUCAUUUACUCUUGUUAUGCAGACAUACAAUAGAACUGACUUAUUGUUGAAGCUCUUAAAUCAUUAUCAAGCCAUCCCCCAUCUACACAAAGUGGUGGUUGUGUGGAACAAUGUUGGGGAGAAGACACCAGAGGAAAUGUGGAAUUCCCUGGGACCCCAUCCUGUACCUGUUGUCUUCAAAGUGCAGACCGUGAAUCGCAUGAGGAACAGACUCCAGAUCUUCCCUGAAUUGGAAACAAAAGCUGUUUUAAUGAUGGAUGAUGACACACUGAUUAGUGCCUAUGACCUUGCUUUUGCCUUCUCUGUUUGGCAGCAAUUUCCAGAUCAGAUAGUGGGAUUUGUUCCUAGAAAGCAUGUUUCCACUUCUUCAGGUAUAUACAGUUAUGGCAGCUUUGAAUUGCAGACACCUGGAUUUGGAAAUGGGGACCAGUACUCCAUGGUUCUCAUAGGAGCAGCAUUCUUUCACAGUGGAUACCUAGAACUCUUUCAAAAGCAGCCUGAUGCUGUUCACACUUUGAUAGAUGAAACUCAAAACUGUGAUGAUAUUGUCAUGAAUUUUCUAGUGGCCAAGCAUACUGGAAAGCCUUCAGGAGUGUUCGUGAAACCUGUUGACAUAAGGAAUUUAGAAAAAGAGACUAACAGUGGUUAUUCCGGAAUGUGGCACCGAGCAGAGCACUUGCUACAAAGAUCUUACUGUCUAAAUAAAUUGGUUAAUAUUUAUAACAGUAUGCCAUUAAAAUAUUCUAACAUUAUGAUUUCUCAGUUUGGGUUCCCUAAUUAUGCCAAUCACAAGAAUAAAAUGUAAGAAUGUAUAAUAAAGGGGUAUAAGUUACACAUCAAACAGUAAAUUCAAGUCAGUGUAAGUUAAAUGCUGAGGGACCAGAAGAAGGCAUGCAUUACUCCAGCUUGUCCUCCUUUACACAUAGCCUCUGAAUUUUGCCCACAGUAUUUUCUUUCCCCAGUGUAAGUUAUUGAGAAAGUUUAAAGAACAGUGUAUGUGUAAUGUUCACUUAUCAUAAAACCACCUUCAUCUCUGAAUACUUGAGAAGCUGUUAUUGUCAAAAUUACAGGGCCAGACCUUAAAAAGCAUGUGCAGAAAAAUGUACAAUCACUUGUUGCACACAUAUGAAGAACUUAAUUUCUAUUUCUUUAGAAUUAUAUUUACCCAAUCAAAUGAUAUUUUGGCAUAUUUGUGUUGUUUAUAUAUAUACAGGUCUGUCUCAUCUUACGCGGGGGUUCCGUUCUGUGGUUAGUGCGUAAAGCGAAAACCGCAUAUAACCAAAACCCCAUUGAGUUCAAUGGCGGGUGAAAUCGCCCGCACUACAGGUAUAGUAUUAAAACUGUUGUUUUUCUCUUUUUUUUUUUUUUUUUGCCGACUGCGUAAAGUUGAAAUCGCGCAUGUUAAAUGUGCGUAAGAUGCAACAGACCUGUAUGUUAUGAGACUGUUCUAUUUUUCUCAACAAUUCCUAGCGAAAACUUUUAAGGGCUACACUGAGCUGUUUGCAAGGGUAUUAGACUUGGUUAUAAAACUCCUCAAAGCUUGUAUGUUAACUACUGUUCUUCAGUGUGAAAUGUUCCUGAGAUUGCAAUCAAACCAUAAGCCUAACAAAGUCAUGGAACAAAGCACAGUCUCAGUAUCAAACAUCUCUAGGAGCCUCACCUACAACACUGGCCACUGAGGGGUUAUGGAGCAUGAUGUUGCUGAUACCGCCUUUUUUCCUAUCAUUACUUUGCCCACAGUCACUGGAAUGCUGCUCAGGAACUGAAAGGUAAAAGUUCUAAUUGCUAACUUGGGAAAGAUAAUGAACAUGGAAAGCAUAUAUCAUAAGAAAUGUAGCUUAUGUUACCACAUAUGCAGCCAAAAGAGACAGGUGCCAUAUUUACCAUUUACUACAGCCUUUAGAACUUACUCUUAUAUCAGUAUUUUGCAUAUACAGUAGAACCUCAGAGUUAUAAAUGCCUCGGGAAUGGAGGUUGUUCGUAACUCUGAAAUGUUCCUAACUGAACAAAACAUUAUGGUCGUUCUUUCAAAAGUUUACAGCUGAACAUUGAUUUAGUACAGCUUUGAAACUUUGCUAUGCAGAAGAAAAAUGCUACUUUCCCUUUAUUUUUUUAGUAGUUUAUGUUUAACGCUGUACUGUAUUUGCUUUUUUUUUUUUGGUCUCUGCUGCUGCCUGAUUGUGUACUUCCGGUUCCAAAUGAGGUAUGUGGUUGACUGGUCAAUUCGUAACUCUGAGGUUCUAUUGUACGUUAUGUUGGAGAAGUGUGCCUGAAAAGCAACUCAUAUUUUAAAAAGAAUGUUUUCAGUGUAAUUGUUGGUAGUAACUAGAUAUAUUUUAUGUCUGUCUAGCUGUUUUGCAUCUGAUCCAGAAGGUAUAUUUUAUAAGCGUACAGGUCUACUGUAUUUUGUUUUACUGUUUGAACUGAAUAUAUUCUAUUUUUAUUUCCUUCACCUGUUUUCAAAUGGCAAAGCUAAUAAACAUCUAUGAUAAAAAUAAAAAGUCGUGUAGUUAAUGGAGACAUUAGGAAAUAUGUUGUAGGCGACACGCCUGCACUGGCGAGGACUGGAGUAGAUGACUUGUUGGGUCUUUUCAGUCUUUGAAUUCUCUGGUCAUACCUACAUUAAAUGGACUUGUUACCAUCGGCUGUUAUCAGCUUGGGACUGCUGAAUUAAUACUGGAAACAUUUAAAAUGUUAGGGUAUAAAGGACAAAACCAUUAUAAAAAAUAUUCUCGAGACAUGGAAGAAAUAAUCUAUGGCAAUGUAAUUUAGACACUGACAGAUCACUGAGCCUUGGUGGAACCAAGUUUCAGAACUAAAAAGGAGUUAGUCCCAUCUAUGCUAGCAGUAAAAAUUGUUCUAAAUGCUGGUUCAAGGGGAUCUAUGGCAGCAACCAUUGUCAGGAAUGAGUCAUUUUCCUAGUGUAGACAUGGUUUGUGACUAUCAUUCUUGUAAUAGGUUAGCUGAGCAAAAAGGACUCUUAGGUAAUGUCAGAAGUUCUUUACAAGUAGGCUGAUUAUGACCAUGCUUUUUACAGUUGUUCUAUUAGUUGUAGUAUAGGAUUUGUUUUAUAUACAGUGUAAUCUUCUUAGCCUUAGCAGUUGUCAAAUUUUAAGUGGCAAAGUAUGUUUUAUUGUGAAGACUAAAACUCUGCUUACUGCUCUUGUUGGAGUAAUCAAAGUAGAUUUAAUGAUCACACAACAGUGAUAAAUAGUAUAUGCAUAUCUGUGGUCUUUCUACCAAUGCAGACCUCCUUGCAGUAACUCACUGUGCAUCGCUUGCUUAUUGUUGCUUCUGUGACUUUUUUUCUUUUCUGUAUCAGUUGUCAAUUAAUAAAAUAAGUGUUCAUCAUACUGGUAAA